CGAUGCAUCGAUGUUUUUCGGCAUCCCUAGAAACAACCCUGCGUUCAAAAGUGGUGAAUAAUUGGCUGCUGCUGUUUUUCUGUGAAAAUAGUUAUUUAUUAAAAUAUUUAUAGAGAACAAUAAAACCUAUCAGAGCAACCUAAAAUAAAAAUAAAAAUAGUGCAUCGCUAAAAACUCCCAACUAGUGAAAGCUAACUACCCCUAAUUACAGGUGGAUUACAAAAUUGGUUGAAGCCUUCAACUUGAAUGUUUAUUUACAUCGAUAAAAUCUAAAAAAAGAUAUUCGUCUUUUUCAGAAUGGGGCGACACACGGAGAGUCGUUUAAAAUUGGCAACAAAAACGAAAUUAGCCGAAGCGGAACACAAAGUCGAUUCAAAAUUGGCCAAAACACAUGCGAAUGGCCAUAUAGAGUGCAUUAUCUGCAAAGUCACACUGAAGUCGGCCACUUUAUGGAAGGUGCAUGUGAACUCAAAGCUGCACAAGGAGCGAAUUUCGCUGGUUAAACAAAUCAAGUCCACAUAUAAAGGCGGUCCUGGCCUGUCAGCUGAAGCUGCGCCAAAACCUGCAACUAAAAUUGCUCCAAAAAUAGAAGAGAAGCCGCCGCGUGUGUGCGCCGUAACAGAGAAACAAUUAACAAAGUCAGCGCCAGCACCAGCUGCUCUUGAAAAAUCAUCGCCAAAUAAAAUCGAUACUUUAUUGCCGGAAAAGUUUUUCGACGAUCCCGUCAAGGAUGCCAAAAUUCGCAACACAGAAUAUAAAGAUCCGCUUACAGACGAAUGGGAACGUUUUCAACGCGAAAUUAGAGAGGCCUCUUCGGUGUCUGUGGCCAUUAUUGCGGGAGAACAAAUUGAAUCUGCGUUUGAUAGAGAUAUCGACGAAAUCAAUGAUCAAAUGAUACAUUGGUCUAGAUUUAUGAAUCUUGAGGCGCGAAAGGGAACACUCAGAGGCACGAAAGAGCAGACAUCCGAAAAUCAUAGCUCCGAUGAGAACGAAAGUGACGACGAAGCAACAACUGAAUUUUCUGACUGGCGUUCCAAGUCAUUUCUUUAACCAAUUAUGAAGGAUAAACGUAUUUGAUUAUAGUAGUAAAUAUUUAUAAAAUAUUUGUUAUUUUUGUUUGUAUGCAUCCUAAAUUUUGGAAUAAAUUUGUGUUUAAGAUAUGCUGUAUACAUAAACAUUCGAAUUGACACAAUUUACUUGAAAAGUUAUCAGGUGAGGGUACGUAGCAAUUUAAGAAAUUAACAUUAAAAUCGGAUACUUAAUGGGAACAUAACAAAUUGGCUUAAGUGAUAACGAAGUUUUAGACCAGGCGGUUGAUUUUAGUGCGAUUUUUUCAAUUGAAUGCUGGAAAACGUAGUAAGAGCUGCCAAUUGGCACACAGUAGAAAAUAUCGGAAAAAUGAGUAUAUUUUUUAAAAUUUUUUAUUGAAAUAACUUUAAUUUUAUGAUCAUGAUAAGACAUGAUGCAACAAUACAAGGUGUUAUCGGUUGGCAAC